UGACAAUUGGACACCACCAAAAAAAGAUCAUUUUAAAAACAUUCCCUCUCUUCCAAAAACACCCUCGAAACAUUCCAUAUUUACAAAACAGGACCAUCCUUCAAAUUCUCCCCCACCACCAUUGGCCCCGCUUCAUUCAUUUUCAUUCCAAACUCACAAAUUCUCAAAUCCAAAUCCAAUUCCAAUUCCAAUUCCCAAUCUUCUCAAACCCUAAUUCCUCAUCUUGAAAAUGAGAGAAAUCUUGCACAUCCAGGGAGGGCAAUGCGGGAACCAGAUCGGAGCGAAGUUCUGGGAGGUGAUAUGCGACGAGCACGGCAUCGACCACACCGGAAAGUACAGUGGCGACUCUGAACUCCAAUUGGAACGCAUCAAUGUUUAUUACAACGAAGCGAGUGGCGGAAGGUACGUUCCACGCGCCGUCCUCAUGGAUCUAGAGCCCGGCACCAUGGACUCCGUCAGAUCCGGCCCCUACGGCCAGAUCUUCCGCCCCGACAACUUCGUCUUCGGCCAGUCCGGCGCCGGAAACAACUGGGCCAAAGGUCACUACACCGAAGGCGCUGAGCUCAUUGACUCCGUUCUCGACGUCGUUCGCAAAGAAGCCGAGAAUUGCGACUGCUUGCAAGGGUUUCAAGUGUGCCAUUCUCUUGGUGGAGGAACGGGUUCUGGCAUGGGGACGCUUCUGAUCUCCAAGAUUCGGGAGGAGUAUCCGGAUCGGAUGAUGUUGACUUUUUCCGUGUUUCCUUCGCCUAAGGUUUCGGAUACCGUUGUGGAGCCUUACAACGCUACCCUCUCUGUUCACCAGCUUGUUGAGAAUGCUGAUGAGUGUAUGGUUUUGGACAAUGAGGCUCUCUAUGACAUCUGUUUCAGGACUUUGAAGCUCGCCACGCCGACAUUUGGUGACCUUAACCACCUGAUAUCUGCCACCAUGAGUGGAGUUACUUGUUGUCUACGUUUCCCUGGGCAAUUGAACUCUGAUCUUCGCAAGCUUGCUGUCAAUCUUAUCCCAUUCCCUCGGCUCCAUUUCUUCAUGGUUGGGUUUGCGCCCUUGACAUCAAGAGGAUCCCAGCAAUACCGUGCUUUGACUGUUCCUGAAUUGACUCAGCAAAUGUGGGAUGCCAAGAACAUGAUGUGUGCUGCUGACCCUCGUCACGGUCGUUAUUUGACUGCUUCAGCUAUGUUCCGUGGUAAGAUGAGCACAAAAGAGGUGGAUGAACAGAUGAUCAAUGUGCAAAACAAGAACUCUUCAUACUUUGUCGAAUGGAUACCUAAUAAUGUGAAGUCCAGCGUGUGUGAUAUCCCACCUAAGGGUCUUAAAAUGGCAUCCACUUUCAUUGGUAACUCGACUUCAAUCCAGGAGAUGUUCAGGAGAGUUAGUGAGCAGUUCACGGCUAUGUUCAGGCGCAAGGCUUUCUUGCACUGGUACACCGGGGAAGGAAUGGAUGAAAUGGAAUUCACCGAGGCCGAGAGUAACAUGAACGAUCUUGUUGCUGAGUAUCAGCAGUACCAGGAUGCUACUGCUGACGAGGACGAGUAUGAGGAGGAGGAAGAGGAAGAAGAGAUUGCUGCUUAAGGCGCCUCUCUUAUUUGUCAAAAAUUGUUUCAAAUAUCGAUAUGGUUGGCUUUGAACGAGUGGUGUAAGUUUAAAUUGUGCAGUCAAAUUAGAUUGACUCGUUAAUGUGUAUGCUUAUCGUUGAUUGUUGACAUUGUAUAAACUGGGUUUUGUUGACAAUGCUUAUGUUCUUGAGAGAUCAAGUCAUGGAUGUUUGUAAUAGUUAAUGACUGGUCUCGUUUUCUUCCCCCCUUUUGAUAUCUUGAUUAUAGUAAGUUACCUCUGAAUUAAAAAUACAAGUGUCUAUGAAAUUGUA